CUGGCUCUCAUGGAUUCAGACAUCCUGGUAUCGCGGUGGAGAUGUUACAUUGAGGUCCUGGCAAUACAAUUCUGAAACUCUGAAAAAGUCAUGUGGGCGAGAAGCUCGUUUUAUUUGCCAAAAAAAAGAGAACCGUCUCCUCCACUGUCCUCUGAGCUUCAACUUCCUGGUCACGUUGCCAUGGAAACGCUUACCGUUUUAAAAUUGCUGCAACCCCCUCCCAUAUAAUCUGUCACUGCCCCGCUCUGCACGCACGGGAGGGUGUUGAGCGCCACGCUCUAGUUUUUUUUUAUUUAUUUCGUGUGUGAUGGAGGGACUUGAUGGUGCUCCAUCAAGAAGAGAAGUGUGCAUCAAGUGGCUCUGGAGUUGAAAACAGAUGAGUCGCAGCAGGCAGAAGCAGAAGCAGAGAGAUACGCUGUAUGACAUGACUUCAACACAACGAGCAGGAUGAUUUCCUGUCACGAUGAUGGAUUUAAUUCGUUAUCCUAAUUUUGAAUUACUGGCAUGCACAAUUCUCAUCUCAUCACUGUUUGUGAUAUAUGGUGCAUCCCCAGUGGGGGACCAGUGCUCUCCAAACCCGUGCCAAAACAGUGCCUUAUGCAGAAUCCGAGGGGACGGCUACUCGUGCUUCUGUGUGCCGGGGUUCCAGGGUGCUCAUUGCCAGAUUGAUGUGAAUGAAUGUGUUUCACAGCCCUGCAGGAAUGGAGCCACCUGUGUGGACAGAGUGGGCAGUUUCUCCUGUCUGUGUUCUCCUGGGUUCACUGGGGCCACUUGUGAGGUCCAGAUUGAUGAGUGUCAGUCAAAGCCAUGUAUCAAUGGCGGUAGUUGCCAUGACUACGUCGGUGGCUUCACAUGCACCUGCCUGCCUGGUUUCCAAGGACACCGGUGCGAAAUCAACAUUGACCAAUGCCAAGAGCACCCAUGCCAAAAUGGGGCUCUGUGUAUAGAUGGAGUGAAUGACUACAGCUGUGACUGCUCUCACACAGGCUUCACUGGCAGACACUGUGAGACACUACUCCCAGCCUGCCACUCUGAACCCUGCUUCAACAGCGCCAUCUGCAAGGACAACCGGGGUAACUACACCUGUGAAUGCUGGCCAGGGUUUGAGGGGCGUCAUUGUGAUAUCGACAUCAAUGAGUGUGGCAGCAGCCCCUGCAUGCAUGGAGGUCGCUGCAUUGAGAGGUCAUGGCAGGCCCUGUAUGGCAGCGAGGCUCUACUGCCUGAACACUAUGACCAGCAGCAUGCUGCAGGCUACAUCUGCAGCUGUCCUCUAGGAACAAAAGGUUCCCUCUGCCAGGAGGUGAUAAACCAGUGUGACCCCAGUCCCUGCAAGAAUGGGGGCAGGUGUGAGAGCCAUGUUGAAGGCUAUAUUUGCCACUGUCUCAAACAGAGUCAUGAUGGCUUUCUCUAUGGAGGUAUAAACUGUGAUGUGAGGCUAGUGGGCUGUGAGGGACAUGAAUGCCAGAACCAAGGCUCCUGCUCUCCUUUCAUGUUGGAUGGGACUCACGGAUACACCUGUUCCUGCUCACAUGGGUACACUGGACCCCUCUGUAAGACCCCCACCACCUUCUCCUUUGAACGCAGAGGCUACCUGCUGCUGCAGAGUCCCUUGGUGGAUGCAGAGGAGUCCUGCAACAUCACCCUCAGCUUCAAGACUGUUCUGCCCAGAGCGAUGUUGUUCCAGCGGAACAGCAGGGGGCUGCUGCUGAUCCUGGUGCUGGACAAAGGGCAGCUCCGUCUCACACUGAGAAAGGAGGCCUCUGCUGGGGCUGAAGCAGAAAGUCCAAGCCAGGUCCUGGAGCUUCCACAUAAUGUCACAGAUGGAGAGUGGCAUUCUGUAGAGGCUGUGCUUGGAAACUGGGUGCUCAGUCUGAAACUCUUGGAUGAUAAUGGGAGCUGUGGGAGCCAGUCAUGCCACAGGGUGGCCCCAGUCCCAAGCACCCUGGCCGGGCUGGCGUCAAGUCCUCAGAACACUUUCAUUGGAGGAGUUCUUCAGGACUCAACUGGCUCCAGUCAAGACUCUCCUCUCCCAGCAUUCAUGGGCUGCAUGCGGGAUGUGUUUGUGGACUGGCAGCUUGUCGUCCCUGAGGAAUGGCUGAGCAACUCAGCUGCUAAUGUGUCCCCUGGCUGCAGCCACAGGGACCGUUGCCUGGACGUGCCUUGCCAAAACAGAGGACAGUGUGUCAACCUGUGGCAGAGCUACCAGUGCCGAUGUCCAAGGCCUUAUGAGGGGCAGGACUGUGAGGAGGAGCAUGUGACUGCACGCUUUGGGCAUGAGGACUCUCAGAGUUUUGCAGCAUUCACUGUCACAGAUGAUCUCGGUCACAACCUCUUCAUCUCCCUCUUCCUGCGUACACGGAGACACAAUGGACUCCUUCUGGUGCUCGCCAACAGCAGCAGCCAGUACUUGCACAUGUGGCUGGAGGACGGCAAGGUGACAGUUCAGGUCAAUAACUUUGAAAGCCUGAAGGCAGAGAGUGCGAUCAAUAAUGGGGAAGUCCACUUUGUGAGUGUGGAGAUGGUGAAGGAUCGUAUGGCACUGUAUGUAGCAGCUCAAAUACAGGGUGAUGUUGAAAUCGGGACAGUUAAUGUCCAAGCAGGAGAUACUGUGUAUGUGGGAGGUCUUUUGGAAAGUAGGAGGACUUCAGAAUUUGGGGGAUAUUUUAAAGGCUGUAUCCAGGACUUGAGGAUCAAUGACAGGAGGCUGCAGUUCUUUGGAUUGGACACGUCAGUGAGAUCAUAUCCUCUGGAGCUCAUGGAAAAUGUGACUACUGGAUGCUCUGGGGACAAUGCCUGCAGUAGGAACCCUUGUCUAAAUGGUGGGAUGUGCUACUCCAUGUGGGAUGACUUCACCUGCACCUGCCCUCUCAGGACAGCAGGGCGGCGCUGUGAAGAGGUCAAGUGGUGCGAGCUGUCACCUUGCCCCACAGACUCAGAGUGCAGGAUGCUGAACCAGGGAUAUGAAUGCUACUCCAAUGCAACUUUCCUGAAUGACAGCACUGUGUUGUCCUACCGGGGAAAUGGCCAAAUAUUCCGCAAUCUAACUAACCUCUCCCUAAACCUGCGCACACGAAAGCGUAAUGCAGCCAUACUCCAUGCAGAGAAGGGCUCAGCAUUCAUCACACUCUCUGUCCAGGAUGGUUUCCUCUUCAUGGAGCUUCAGAGCACCACUGAGGAUUACAUCGAGGAAGAGGAUGGAGAGCACCGCGUGUCUGUAAAUCUCAGCAGCAGGAUUAGCGUUACUGAUGGUGAGUGGCACAGCGUCCACCUGUUCAUGGCAACGCCAUGGGCCCAGACCUCCCGCUGGACUCUGGUGCUGGAUGAAGAAAUAGAGGAAGCCAGUACUUCCAGGAGCAAAGGAGGCAACCUGGAUUUCCUCAGGCAGGGGGUGGACAUCUUCUUAGGGGGCCUUGCCCCUGAUGCUGGGUGGUCCCUGACUGGGUGCCUGAGCACAGUAGAGCUGGGUGGCAUUGCCUUGCCUUACCUCAGCUCCUCUGAUGUGAACCUCCCCCGCCUGCAGGAGGAGCAGUUCAUCCAGACAUCACUGCAUUUGCCGCUCCUCGGCUGCAGUGGGGGCCCUGUGUGUGAGCCCAACCCCUGCCUGAACGGAGGGGAUUGCCAGGAUCUCUUCAACACCUACAACUGUAGCUGUGCCGACGGUUGGGCCGGGAGACGCUGCGACUUCUUCACUGACACCUGCGCUUCAAGUCCCUGUGUUCACGGCAACUGCAGCGUGAACGGGCUGGCCUACGUGUGCACCUGUGAGUUUGGCUACGCAGGUGUGGACUGUGAUGAGGAGGUGGAUAUGUGUAUAAACCACCUGUGUGCCCAUGGAGGCACCUGUCUGCACGGGCCGGAUAGGUACGCCUGUCUCUGCCCUGAAAACUACACUGGACCCCUCUGCAAUGAACGUGUUGAAGAAAUUCCGUGGUACAUUGCUGUCAGAAAUGUACGACCUAAGCUACCUGUUUCUGUGUGCGGCGAUGACACUAGAAACUACACCUGCUUCAAUGGCGGCAACUGCACUGACCGAGAGCUGUCCUGUGACUGUCCACCUGGCUUUGCUGGACACCGGUGUGAGCAGGAGGUGGACGAGUGCAAGUCCAACCCCUGUCUGAAUGGCGGCUACUGCCGCAAUCUCAUCAACAAGUUUGUCUGCGUGUGUGACAUGAGCUUCGCCGGAGACACAUGCCAGACAGACUUGACCUCUGAGGGUUUGACCUCUGACCUCUUACUGUCCAUCAGUCUGGGGUCCAUCGUCCUGCUACUCAUUCUUAUCCUCACCUCCAUCAGCCUGGUGAUGGCGCUUAAUCGCCGUGCCACCCACGGCACCUACAGUCCCAGCCGACAGGAGAAGGAGGGAUCACGGGUGGAGAUGUGGAGCAUCACCCAGCCGCCACCAAUGGAGAGACUCAUAUGAGGUGCAGGUUUGGACUGUGUUUACAUGCGGAGUGAGAAUGCGGUGCUUGUUGCAAUGAAGGAGCUACUGUGAGAAACACACCUGAUAAUAGAUAUAGGUAUUACUUACUUAAAAAGAUUUCUGAACUCUGCAGAAUAUUUGCAAUAUUUGUGAACAUAGUCUUCCCCUUAUAGUACCUCCAUUGUAAAGUACAGCUGUUUUUCUUCACUUGCAUAUGCACAUGCCUGGAGACUGUAUGAGAUCUUGUGACACCCUUUUUGGGUAUUUGUAUCUCCCUGUGCGUCAGCCAUCUUCCUGCAAUGUUUUGCAUCUGGCCUCACCAUCCAGCAGCACAUCCAUCUAAAUGAAAAGAUUUGAGUUCAGAACGCAUCGAGUCUGUCUGAGCGUUUGUGUCUGAUCCAUAUUUUUAGGAUUGAUGGACCAGUGAGCACUAUUUGGGACACACAAAACACAUCGUCUUUAAAUCAGUGUUUUUCAAGGAUAAGGAGAGCAUUAUUCUAUAUUGUUAUUAUUCUUAUAAUUAUCAACAAAUCCCAUGAAAAAAUCAAAACCAAUGAUGUGUUAGUCCGUCUCUCAAAAACCCAUUGUUUCCUACGGAGGACAUAAAUAUUUAAAAACAUUUAAAAAGGCUCAGUAAUUCCCUUUAAGCACCUGAGCUCUACUUUUUAGCAAACAUUACACAAACAGAAGUAAAUAGUGCAUUUGUGAAGGACUAUUUUCAGACAUGGAUGAAUACACAUUUGGUGCUCAAGUGAGUAUUUACCGCAGCAGGACGGUGUUUGUGGUGAUUAUCUCAAAAUAAAUUACAGUGCCCAGAAUCAUUGUAGUGAAGGAACAUGUCAACCAGUGUAAAGAUGUGGCUCUCUGAUGUGUUUUUAACAGUUUUUAGACAGCAAUGAAGCUCUAGCACACAGAGGAAUAGGCUACAGCAGGGGUGGCAAAUAAGCCAAAUUUUUUUCAAGUCAUUAGAUAGUGGGCCAGAACAUCGUUAAUUGACCAUUUAUAUUCCAAUAAUUUGUGUGUGUGUGUGUGAUUAGCUCAGUUGGUAGUGCAGAGGACUCCUGUUUGCCGCUAGUAUUUUUCUCUUCCUUUUUCAACAAAUUGAUUGUGAAGAGAUCGUAUUACAUCUCACAAUUAAGCAUGUGCAGGAGUGUGUAGGCCUAUAUCCUAGCGAUUGGUCCACAUCAACCUAUCAAUGCUUAUUUUCAUGUCCUCAGUAUCUACAGGCAGAGGAAAUACCUGCUUUUCUCAUUCAGGGGAAUCCAAUCUCACAUUUUCUGACGUUUUUUUCAGAGGUGUGUUAAGCAAGCCAAAGACUCUUAUGAAU